AGGAAAAUCCUUUUAUAUCUUCAUACGAGAUAUAUGCAGACACAUCUUAUAGAAAGGAUGCUAACACCAAUAAACUCGAUUUCUGGACAUUUUUAAAGAUCGCAGAAACUAUACAAGAAAUUUUAUAUGAAGAAAUUUCUGGAUCCCCUUUCAAAAUAAUACGAUUAUCCUUUGAUCGUAUUACAGAAGCUAUUUUAGAAGUUAGAGACUUUGUAGACAUUUUAAACUUUUGUACUGAAAGAG